CCACGCAGCCGGCGAGCGGCGCGCCGCCCGCCCCCUGGACGGACGCCCACCGACCCGAGCGCCGCCGUCGGCGCCUGCCCGAGAUACCCAAGAACAAGAAACCUGCCGUGAUGGCGAUGGUGCAGCCGUCGCUGGCGGACGAGCUGGGGGAGGCCAUGGAAAGGCGGGACUCUGCGGCGCCGGAGUCGCUGCAGUUCGCCAUCGGCGGGCGCACGCGGCCUCUCAUGGUGCUCAAGUGCCACAGCUACCUGCGGGAUGAAGAUAGUUCACCUGAUUCUGAACGUUUCCACAGCACUGAUGUUGAUUCAGGCAAUUCAACAGCACAUUCCCCAGAUGGACCGAAGUCUACAUCACCACAACCUAUGCUCAAUGACAGUCUCUCACCAGAAUCAACAGGCAGUAGUGGAGGAGUUCCAUUCACACAAGUGGAGCUUCUAGAAGCAACACAUAGAGGACUGCAUAAAUUUAUACCUCGACACCAUGAUGAGAUAGAGGUGGAAAUUGGUGAUCCCAUAUAUGUACAGAAAGAGGCUGAUGAUCUGUGGUGUGAAGGUGUAAAUCUGAGAUCUGGAAGGCAAGGUAUUUUCCCUUCAGCAUAUGCAGUUGAUGUGGAUUACAGUGAUUUUGAUCCCAGCACACCAAAAGUUAAACGAGAACGUUAUUUGCUGGGUUACCUUGGUUCAGUUGAAACAAAGUGCCACAAAGGCAAUUCAGUGUUGUGCCAGGCAGUGAAAAAGAUAGUGGGCAGUGGGAAUACACCAAAGCACAAGCCACAUUCCUGUAUCCUAGAAGUUUCUGACCAAGGACUUCGUAUGGUGGAUCGCAGCAAACCUGCACCUAUGGAUUCACCAUGUCACGACUAUUUCUAUUCUCUGAAGAAUGUCUCAUUCUGCGCUUUUCAUCCACGAGACCAUCGGUACAUGGGAUUUAUUACAAAACAUCCACAGCUCCAGCGGUUUGCUUGUCAUGUCUUCAUGGGUCAAGAGUCAACACGACCUGUUGCUGAAGCUGUUGGGUAA